AUGGCAACACUAGCAGAUAUUGGAAUAGCAGCUGCGAUUAACAUCUUAACUGCUUUGAUAUUCCUUUUGCUAUUUGCAAUCUUGAGGAUCCAACCAUUCAAUGAUAGGAUUUAUUUCCCUAAGUGGUACUUGAAAGGUCUUAGAAGCAGCCCUCUUGUGAACCCUGGUGCUUUCGUGAGCAAAAUUGUGAACUUGGAUUUUCGUUCUUACAUUCGGUUCUUGAACUGGAUGCCUGCUGCGCUAAAGAUGCCAGAGUCUGAACUUAUUGAUCACGCUGGUUUUGACUCUGCUGUUUACUUGAGGAUUUAUUUGAUUGGACUUAAGAUUUUUGUCCCAAUCGCAUUACUUUCAUGGUCGAUUCUUGUUCCUGUCAACUGGACAAGCAAUGGAUUGCAGCUAGCAGAACUUAAUGAUGUAACAUCGAGCAAUAUCGAUAAGCUUUCGAUAUCAAAUGUCGAACGUGGCUCAGACAGGUUUUGGGCUCAUCUGAUGAUGGAAUACGCAUUCACAUUUUGGACAUGCUAUGUUUUGUGGAAGGAAUAUGAGAAAAUAGCUUCAAUGCGGUUAGCAUUUCUCCAAGCUGAGGAGCGACGUGCGGAUGAAUUCACCGUUCUGGUUAGGAACAUACCAACGGACUCACAAGAGUCAGUUAGUGAGAAUGUGGAGCAAUUCUUUAUGGUUAAUCACCCGGAUCAUUAUCUUAUGAAUCAGGUGGUUUACAAUGCAAAUGAAUUGGCUGAACUAGUAGCAAAGAAGAAGAAAAUGCAGAACUGGUUUGACUACUACCAAUUGAAGUAUACAAGAAAUAAGGAACAAAGGCCAAGGGUAAAGUUAGGCUUUCUUGGGCUAUGGGGAAAGAAAGUAGAUGCAAUAGAUCAUUUCACAGCUGAGAUCGAAAAACUAAGCGACCAAAUAAUGGAAGCAAGGAAGAGAAUGAAGAAAGAUGAAAAAGGUGUGAUGCCGGCAGCUUUUGUCUCGUUUAAAACGCGUUGGGGUGCUGCGGUUUGCGCACAGACUCAGCAGACAAAGAAUCCAACCGAGUGGUUAACUGGAUGGGCUCCCGAAGCAAGGGAAGUGUAUUGGCCAAACCUUGCUAUUCCUUACGUGUCUCUCACGGUAAGGAGACUUGUAAUACACGUCGCCUUCUUCUUCCUCACUUUCUUCUUCAUCAUCCCAAUCGCAUUUGUGCAAUCCCUUGCGAGUAUCGAAGGUAUCCAAAAAACUGCUCCAUUCCUCAAUCCCAUCGUUGAAAAGAAGUUUAUCAAAUCGGUGAUCCAAGGUUUUCUUCCGGGUAUUUUCUUGAAGCUCUUUUUGUUAUUUCUGCCAACGAUUUUAAUGAUCAUGGCGAAGUUCGAAGGGUUUGUUUCAAUCUCAUCGUUAGAGAGAAGAGCGGCUUUUAGAUACUAUCUAUUCAACCUUGUGAAUGUUUUCCUCGGUAGCAUAAUCACCGGAUCUGCAUUUGAACAGCUCGAUUCUUUCCUUAAACAGUCCGCCGAUCAGAUUCCACGGACGGUUGGAGUAGCUAUUCCGAUAAAGGCAACAUUCUUUAUAACGUAUAUAAUGGUUGAUGGUUGGGCGGGUGUGGCGGGAGAGAUUCUUAGGCUUAAAGCUUUUAUUAUUUAUCAUUUGAAGAACUUGUUUUUGGUGAAAACCGAAAAGGAUAGAGAAGAAGCAAUGGAUCCGGGACAGAUUGAUUUCUAUGUAAACGAGCCUCGGAUACAACUCUAUUUCCUCCUCGGCCUUGUCUAUGCUCCUGUUACACCUGUUCUACUUCCUUUCAUCAUCUUCUUCUUUGGUUUCGCUUACCUCAUCUUCCGUCAUCAGAUCAUAAAUGUGUACAAUCAAAAAUAUGAGAGCGCGGCUGCGUAUUGGCCAGACGUUCAUGGACGUAUUAUAUCGGCAUUGAUCAUUUCACAGAUACUUUUAAUUGGAUUAAUGAGCACAAAAGGAAAAGCUCAGUCCACGCCUUUCCUCGUGGUUCUACCAAUUCUAACCAUCGUUUUUCACCGGUUUUGCAAAGCCCGGUACGAAUCAGCAUUCGUCAUUAAUCCUUUGCAGGAAGCUAUGAUUAAGGAUUCAUUGGAACGGACAAGAGAACCGAACUUGGAUCUAAAAGGGUUUCUUAAAAACGCCUAUAUUCAUCCAGUUUUUAAAGACAAAGAAUACAAAGAUGACCUGCAUGAGGGAUUAAUCCAGAAUUCGGACGACGAAAAUUGUGUAGUUGUACCGACCAAACAUCAGUCUCAAAGAACCACCAUGAUGAGCAGCAAUACAAAUAGUGGCUCGUCACAACCACUACCUUCUAAUUGACUCGACACGAGUAAGGCAAAAACCGGAGCCUUGAUGCUCAAUGAGUAAAUCACUAAACCGUUUUAUAUUCACUAUAUAUAAGAAAGAAAACCAAUGCGUAGAUAUAUUUUUGUUUUGAUUGUUGUAGGCGGUUUUGUAUAUUUAUAUGUUUUUCAUUACUUUAUUUGCGUUUGUUGUCAUUACCAAAACAUGAUUGUAUAAAAACAAUUUUCG